AAUUCAUAUUCCCAGAAAAUCUGGUGUGAGGAAGAUAUUGCAAGAGGUUAAAGACUGUUGUAUCAAUCAUGAAGAAAGACAUUGUUGUAUUUAUUUGUGCCUUGUCAUUAAUUGGAUUAGCUGCAGCAUGGGCAGGAAACCUAUGCUAUCGAACUAGACGGAAGUGUCGCUGGGUCUGGGGAUGUAGAUACAGUACCUGGCAGGGAUGUUGUGCCUGGGGCUGGAUAAGCGAGGAAUACACAGAUAGGGAACCUUACUGUUGUGCUGGGUGGAGACAUAACGGGGACCAAAACUGUAAUAAAGCAAUUUGUCCUUAUGAUUGCGGAGGAAGCUUGAGGGGAAAAUGUGAGACCCCCGGCAAAUGCAAAUGUAACCCAGGAUAUGUAGGAGAGUAUUGUCUUUCAGUCGGCACAUGCUCUCACUUACGACCUUGUUUUCCUGGAUACUGCAGGGGAGAUAACACCUGCCAGUGCUUGAAUAAUUUCUUCCCACAAAACUCAAAAGGGAUAGGAAACUGCUUGAAUUUUCCCAGCAGUCCCGACCACUACUACCCAGCAAUUGAGCAGAGUACGAUAGACUUUGGCUAUUACAGCCAGACGAAAAACAUGCUUAUGUUCAACAUGACAGUUGAUUCAGCCAUGAGCAAUGGGAAUAAGGAAGUCUUUUGGACUAAUCGUAGGGACAUCAAUAUCAUGAAUUUCACUUUUCAAUCCAUUUUUAGCUCCGAUACUUUGAAUCUACCUGGAAAGCCUGGUUAUGUGACUCAAUACAAGUUCGGAAUCGUAGAAGCAGACAUUAAUGUUGAACAUACAGAUUUUAGUGGUCGAGUAAAGUACAACACAACUUUGCCUUGUGAUGGAGUUAGCAGAGACAGUCCAAUACAUGACAUCCUUGUUCAGUGCAGACAGCGUAUCACUCCCUUUGAUGUACGUUUCGACUCUGGUGAUACAUAUGCUGUCCAAUAUCGUGCAAAGAAUGGAGGAUAUCGUACUCUAUAUUAUAAUGAAGGGACACAAUAUUUCAAAGGUCAUGAAGUUAACAAAAUGAUAGAUGUCAAGUUUGACAGAGAAAAUCCCUAUCACUGUACUGAAAGGAAUAACUGUAGUAUUAAUACACCAUCAUAUAUGCUCAAGGUUGCUGAUGAUGUCACAAAGACCGCUGUCCAGUUUACUUGGAAUGGAUGGAGGGACGACUUGUCAAAGGUUGCUCGAUACGCUCUAGAGGUUUUCAAGCUGGAACCAGAUGGAUUAGGCGACCUUAAAGAGCCAUACACAGAUACAGUAGAUAAUCCAGUACCUCUAAACAUUACUGAAUUCAACGAAACCUCUUCUGGGGUCCAUUCAUUUUCCUAUAGACCAGACAAACCAGGUGUUUAUUCUUGGAUUUUGGAAGUAAAUGACAAAGCCAAUAACUCGGUGUAUGUUCGGCGUAUUGUUAUCUAUGAUCCAGACUCAAGUGUGACAACAGACAGCUCCAACAGAUUGUAUGCGACCUCUGGAAAUCCGAAUGCAUCCUUUAACUGGCAAACUCAUAAUCCUUUGACAGUAAGAAUCACUUGGAAAAAUCACUUUAUAAAUUAUUUACAUGAAAAUGGAAAGUUUUUAAAUCGUGUCAAGCGCUUUCCUAAUUCUCUAUAUGACGGUGGAUAUCGUAAUGGCUAUAAAAAUAUUUCAGAAAAAUAUGAUGACUACAGUGGUGAGAGAACAAUAAAUCAUAUACUUAAUGAACGCGGGAUUGUUAAAUACGACGUGGCUUAUUACAAUGGAAAAGACCAACAAAUUGCACCUUCAUAUCAAAUUCGAAAUCUUAAAUUCAAUGAAACUGAACGGACAAUCGAUUUAGACACAGCGUUAGAAGAUGGCAGAUCAUUAAGUGUUUGGGUUAAAGCGCAUGAUGUACUUGGUAACACAAACGAAGAGCGCCUUGUUCUACAUUACGAUUCAUCCAAACCUUCAGUGCAUUCACAAACAUUGGAAAGAAAUGUAGGGACAGAUAAAAUGGAUUAUAGAAGCAGAAUACAUGUAAUUGGUGCCACGGAUCCUCAUAGUGGAGUUAAGAACAUCAAAUAUCGAUUCAUUGAAAAGAGUUCAGGAAAGAUAAUAAAUAAUAAGGAAUAUGAAUAUGAAAAUCCAAAAAGAGACUCAAUCUACUGCAACUUAUAUCCCUGUGACGAACAUUUACCGACUGGUGAGUCAUACAGCAGGACUAUUGACUUUGACUUUGAGAACUGUUAUGCCAUGAAUGUGAGUGACGUUUCUAACGAGGUAGUAAGAAUGGAGAUGGAUUUUUAUAAUUCAGCAGGGCUCUACGUUACUCAACAUAUAGAGAUAGCCAAUCUCACAUUACUUAAAGGUGUCAAUGACUGUAAGUACAGGGAAACAACCAAUACAACAGAAGAAAAGAUGUUUGCAAAAUCAUAA